GGUAGCCUAUAUAUGUUCAGUAUGUAGUGAUCAGUUGCUGUGAAACACCGAAGGUUUCGUUCAUCAGACUUGGAGAUGUUGUGUUAUUGGGGAGCGCAGGUUCGAGAGGGCUUCGGUCUGACACAACCUGACAAAGUUAAACAUGUGAAUGACGGAAUACGCUGCGUGUGUCCAACAUCAGAGAUUCAGGACAUGUCAGCAGGAAAAUAUUCGUUUGGAUUCAUCCAGAAUGAGAAAGUUUCGGUGCUGAGACUGCGCGGUGACAACAAUGGCCUUGAUGAAAAAUUAAAACCACUAAACCUGAAGAAAGACCGAAUCAAGUCAAUAGCGUGUGGAGAAUCUGGUGGUGUUGUUCUCGCUUAUGGAGGAAAAGUUUUCAUUAUUAACAAAUCUACUCUGUGCACUCCUCUCAAAGACCUGUCCAACAGACACGUGAUUCAGAUCUCAUGUGGAGACCAGCAUUCAAUGGCAUUAACACAGGAGGGUCAGGUGUUUGUCUGGGGUGAGAACUCUCAUGGUCAGCUGGGUCUGGGUGAAGGUCGAUCUGGAUCUCAGACUCCUCAACAUGUUCAGUGUCUGGAUGGGGUUCCACUGGCUCAGAUCAGCGCUGGAGGAGAUCACAGCUUUGUGUUGUCUCUCUCUGGUGUUGUGUUUGGUUGGGGGAAGAACUCUUCUGGACAGUUGGGUCUGGGAAACACUACAGACAGGCAUGUGCCAACGGUCGUAAGAAGCCUUAAUGGAAAGAAAACUGAGUUCAUCUCAUGUGGAGGAGAACACACUGCAACUUUAUCAAAGGGAGGCACUGUGUUCACAUUUGGAUCAGGUGUCUAUGGUCAACUUGGGCACAACACAUUUAAAGAUGAACAUCUUCCACAAGUGGUUUCUGAACUGUGGGGCUCUAAAGUGUCACAGGUCACAUGUGGGAGACAUCAUACACUUGUGUUAGUGGCGUCAUCAAAGCGGAUCUACUCAUUUGGAUGUGGGAUGCAAGGGCAGCUGGGAAAUGGACAAAUGACCAACCAGUCUGUGCCAUCAGCUGUACUCCUGCCGGCUGAAUUUAAUGAUAAAUAUACAAUUGGAAAACUCUUUGCUGGGGAAAACCAUUCCUUUGCCCUAUUUUAUAAGGUACCUGGAAAUAAGUCAACCAAACCGAAGUCUAACCAAAGCGGAAGGAUUGUGACAUUAGAUGACAAAAUGAUCGAUCAAUGGGCAUCUGAAUGUAAUUCAAAAUCAUGGAAAGCAGUAAAGAACAAAAUUUACAAAGUGUUUUCAUCUGCUGCCUCUCUGAAUGGAAGUUUUCUGAAAACAAGUUGUGAUGAGCAUUACCAGACUUCUGCAGAGGUCUCUGGUUUGGACUUUGAGCUAGUUAAGAAAGCAUUGGCAAAAUUAUCAAUGGAUGAAAGGGUGAUGUCAAAGGUUGUGAAGACUGUUCAUGGUACACUGUUGCCCUCUCUGAAAACCCUCAGUCUUGUUAGUGUGGAAGUCCUGAGAAUUUAUCUUCUCCUCCCAGAGCUCAUCAGAGUUUGCCAGGAACAAGACAGAGCUAAACUUCUUGAAGGGCUCGCCUCAAAUAUUCUUCAGCUGAAUUCUGAUGCUCUUAAAGUGUUAGAAACAUACUGGUCCAAACUCCCUGACGAUUGUCUCAAAGGCCUGGUGAAAUUAUUUUGCAAAGAAACUUCAAAGUCAAUUGGCAGGAUUGCGGUUGAUGGCAUAAACUUGAACGCACCGAAACGUUUGGAGCAACUUGCCCAGGUCCUGCAGAUGUUCUAUAAGGUCUGCUGCAAUGCCCACAACAAAAUCACAAAAAGUCAUUUCAUCAUCAAUGAGAUUAAUGAUCUACUUGAUACGCUGCAAUCCAUCACUGAAGAUUUAAACAACCCAUUGCAUAACGAGAACCUUCCAGCCUUGAUGAUUCUGGUAAACUACUAUGAUCAAACGUUAAAGAAGCUAAAAUCAUUUCCAUGCAUCUUUAACCUGGAAGCCAAAUGCAGGUUUAUGAAAAACAAAUUACAUCCGAGAUAUUAUCCGCUGUUGUUAAGACGCACAGCACUUCUUGACGAUUGCUUCAGGGAGUUGAAAAAAUCCAAUGAUCAAGAUCUCAAAGGAUUGCUGGUGGUCCGUUAUGCUGAGGAUGUCACAUAUAGAUCCGAUGUCAACAAGAGGGACUUUUUCCUCAACGUGUUCAAGGAGUUGCGUAAACCAGACUCCCAGUUCUUCAUGUACAAUGACAACAAAACUAUGAUCUGGUUCCCAUCACAGCCGAGUGUGGAGAAGGAGAAGUACUUACUGCUUGGGAUUUUGUGUGGUUUGGCCUUCAACAACAGUUGUGUUGUGCACCUGCCCUUUCCUUUAGCUUUAUUCAAAAAACUUCUCAACGUCAAACCAUCUCUUCAAGACCUGAAGGAGUUUGACCCAGUUUUUGGCCAGAGUUUGGAGCAUGUUCUCAAUUACUGCGGUGAUGUUUUAGAGGAAAUGGAAAUGCCGUUAACGGUCACAUGGGAUGGAAGAGAGGUGGAAUUGGAUCCUACUAAUCCACGAAACUUUGUUACAAAUUCUAACAAAACAGAAUUUGUGGACAAUUGUGUGGAUUACACCUUGAAUAAAUCUGUGGAGGAAGUGUUCGAAGAAUUCAAGACAGGCUUUUUCAAAGGAUGUGACAAAGACUUGGUGGUGAUGUUUGAACCCGAGGAGCUGAGAGGGUUGCUGGUGGGCAAUGAAGACUAUGACUGGGACAUACUCAAACAGAACACAACAUAUGAAGGAUUGCUUUAUGCCGAGCAUUUGACCGUCAUCUCAUUCUGGCAGGUGUUUGAAGAACUUACAUCUAACCAAAAGAAGACUUUCCUAUUGUUCUUGACGGGUUUCGAGCGAGUUCCCAUUCUGGGUAUGAGUCAGGUGAAGAUGACAGUGAGGAACCUGUUAAACUCAACUGAGGAACAUCUACCACAGGCCCUGACGUGUCAUUCCCUGUUAGAACUUCCUAUUCAUCAAGGCAGAGCGAAACUGAAGGAGAAACUCAUCGAAGCCCUCAACCACAAGAGGGGUUUCUGGGAGGAAUGAGUUGUUGUGAUUUUAAAGUGAUAGUGAACUCCUAAAAAUAAAAAUUCUGUCAUCCUUAACUUACCCUUUUGUAAUUUCAAACCUGUUUUUUCUUCCGCAGAACACAAAAGAAGAUAUUUUGAAAAAUGUUGUUAACUGGACCCCAUUCACUUGAAUUGGUUUAUUGUACAUACAAUAGAAGGGAGUGAGCUCCAGUGCUGUUCGGUUCAAAAAUCUUCUUUUGUGGUGUGCGGAAGAAAGAAAGUCAUAGGUCAAGGUUUGAAAUGACAAGAGGGAGAGUAAAUAAUGACAGAAUUUUUGGGUUGACACUGGUGCUUCACUUAUUGUCACUUAAAUCUUGAUGCCAUGUGUUUAAUGUUUUAGAUUUGUAUAAUUAAAAAAACUGGUAAAGGUAAUUUUUGUUAAAAGUUUACACAUUCAUUUCAGUUGAUAACCUUUGGCACUUUGACAUCAAAUGGGACAAAUUAUGGGAUGUGAUGUUUCUGUGAAGUUGGAAGUUGUUGUUAAGUUGUUGAAAUGUUAAUAUUUUUAUUUUUAAAUGAACUGCACUUUUGGAUUUUACAAGCUACUACUUAUUUCUCAUUGUUACAAAAUUGUAAACGAUGAAAAACAAUUUAACCACAUUCAUAUUAGCCUACUGCUAAAACUAAGGCAACCAAGUGUGCAAUAUUACAAUUUUUACAAACCCAUGAUUUAGUUCAAUCAGUAUAACUUUAAUAAAGCCAUGGGUCAGUUUCAUGGGCGUGUUGAUAAAAAACUAAACAUCAAUGUAUAAGUCAAUAUAUUUAAAAUAUCCUCAAAUGUCUUCAAAACGUUCUUUUGUCACUUA